AGCAAUUUGAUAGGCCCCAUUUCAUGUCUCCUCAUUAGCCCCAUGAUGUGAUCUUCAUUUUGUCCUCUCAAUUCAAUUACUCUCUCUUCCCUUCCCCUUUAUUUCUCUCCCCAAUUAAGAUUCUUUUCCUCAAAUUCAUUCAUGUUGCAGAACAAGUACCACUGAUCGAUGUCUAGUAACAAAGGAAAAGAUGUUGCAGAAGGAUCGUCUUCAAGAUCCACUGCUGAUCACCAUAAUCAACUAACUAAUACUGCCGCUCCACCUCCUCUCAGCCGCUAUGAGUCUCAAAAGAGGCGGGAUUGGAACACUUUUGGGCAGUACUUGAGGAACCAGCGCCCUCCGGUGGCUCUUUCCCAGUGCAAUUCCAAUCACGUGCUUGAUUUUCUUCGGUAUCUUGACCAAUUCGGGAAGACUAAGGUGCACUUACAGGGGUGCGUGUUUUUUGGUCAGCCUGAGCCACCGGGUCCUUGUUCUUGCCCGCUUAAACAAGCUUGGGGGAGCCUUGACGCUCUCAUCGGCAGGCUUCGAGCGGCAUACGAAGAGAACGGUGGCUUGCCGGAGACGAACCCGUUUGCAAGCGGAGGUAUUCGGCUUUAUUUGCGUGAAGUGAGGGACUCUCAAGCUAAGGCUAGAGGAAUUCCAUAUAAGAAGAAAAAGAAGAAGAGGGUCAUGACGACGACAAUGAAGCCAAACGAUGAGACUUCAAAUUUUCCUAUGCAAUAAACUUGGUUCCUAUUGCUUUUCCUAUAGGAAAAUGGCCUUUUCAAAAGCUCCAAGUAUUGAUUCAGCAAUCAUGUUCUGGAGCUCUAUCGGACUGCAAACAAGUCUUCUUGGAUGAAGUUCUUGAAGUACUACAUCUUUAUAGUUGAAGCAAUCUAGCUAUUAAGUUAUCAGAAUUAAAGCAUGAAGUAAUAUAUGGAUCGAGAUGGUGAAGGCAACAACCGAGUUAAGCUGAAGUCAGUAAGUUCCUUUCCUUUUUCCUCUCUUCCCUUUGAUCUUCUGAAUCAUAAUAUUAUCAAACAUAUAUACAUAUAUAUAGUCAAGUUUGUUGCCCACAAACAAUCUCCAAAAAUAUGUAAAUUUAUACUGCAGUUAUGUUUCCGGAUCUUUUAAACUUACAAUAUUGUGAAAUUUUAUGCAAGUAUUCAGUAUGAUCUA